GAAGCGGUGGGGCUAACGGGAGACGCUCACGGGCGGGGGGGCUGCGUCGCCUGGAGCUCCUCAGAGAUGGGCAAGAAGGAGCGAGAUAAGAAGAAAUCGAAAAAACGCCACUAUGAGGAAGAAGAGGAAGAAGAAUAUGACCUUACAGGCAAAGAGUCCCAAGAAGCAGUUCCGUCAGCUGCAGGGAAGCAAGUGGAAGAUUCUGGGACCAAAGUUGAUGAAUAUGGUGCAAAAGACUACAGGAACCAGAUGCCACUCAAAGCUGAUCAUUCCUCACGACCAUUGUGGGUGGCUCCUGAUGGCCAUGUCUUCUUAGAAGCCUUUUCACCUGUCUACAAGUAUGCCCAGGAUUUUCUUGUGGCUAUUGCUGAGCCAGUUUGUCGACCUACUCACGUCCAUGAAUAUAAACUGACUGCUUAUUCCCUGUAUGCUGCUGUCAGUGUGGGUUUGCAAACCAGCGAUAUCACUGAAUAUCUACAAAAGCUGAGUAAAACUGGUGUGCCCGAUGGAAUCAUUCAGUUUAUUAAGCUAUGUACUGUUAGUUAUGGAAAGGUGAAGCUGGUCCUGAAGCAUAACAGGUAUUUUGUAGAAAGCACCCACCCUGAAGUCAUUCAGCAACUUCUUCAGGACCAAGUUAUUAGGGAGUGUCGCCUGAGAAAUGCAGAGGGGGAAGAAACUGAACUCAUAACAGAAACAUUCAAGAGCAAAUCUGCAAUUUCAAAGUCUGGUGAAAAUAGCGGGCCAUCAACUUCUCAAGGGGCAGACGGUCAGAAUAAACCAGAUGUUCCUGCUGACUUAUUUGAAUUUUAUGAACAAAUGGAUAAAGAUGAAGAAGAGGAAGAGGAAACUCAAACUGUAUCUUUUGAAGUGAAGCAGGAAAUGAUUGAAGAGCUUCAGAAGCGUUGCAUUCAUCUGGAGUACCCUCUGCUUGCUGAAUAUGAUUUUAGAAAUGAUUCUGUGAAUCCAGAUAUUAACAUAGACUUGAAACCCACAGCUGUUCUCCGACCAUACCAGGAGAAGAGUUUGAGGAAAAUGUUUGGGAAUGGUCGUGCUAGAUCUGGGGUUAUUGUCUUGCCUUGUGGUGCUGGCAAGUCGCUUGUAGGUGUAACAGCAGCUUGCACUGUCCGUAAGCGGUGCCUUGUACUGGGUAAUUCCGCUGUCUCAGUGGAGCAGUGGAAAGCCCAGUUCAAGAUGUGGUCUACCAUUGACGAUAGCCAAAUCUGCCGAUUUACUUCUGAUGCCAAAGACAAGCCAAUUGGCUGUUCUAUAGCUAUCAGCACCUAUUCCAUGUUGGGGCACACAACGAAGAGGUCAUGGGAAGCAGAGAGGGUGAUGGAAUGGUUGAAGAGCCAAGAAUGGGGUCUGAUGAUCCUUGAUGAAGUGCAUACCAUACCUGCAAAAAUGUUCAGGCGUGUGCUCACUAUUGUUCAGGCCCAUUGCAAGCUUGGAUUAACAGCCACUCUUGUCCGAGAAGAUGACAAAAUUGUAGACCUGAAUUUCCUGAUUGGGCCUAAACUCUAUGAAGCCAAUUGGAUGGAAUUGCAAAAUAGUGGUUAUAUUGCUAAAGUCCAGUGUGCUGAGGUUUGGUGUCCAAUGUCUCCUGAAUUCUACAGAGAAUAUGUAGCUAUUAAAACAAAGAAGCGGAUAUUGCUCUAUACCAUGAACCCAAACAAAUUUAGGGCUUGCCAGUUCCUGAUUAAAUGCCAUGAACGAAGGAAUGAUAAGAUCAUAGUCUUUGCUGACAAUGUGUUUGCUUUGAAGGAGUAUGCUGUUAGAUUGGGCAAACCUUACAUUUAUGGGCCUACAGCACAGGGGGAGAGAAUGCAAAUACUGCAGAAUUUCAAACACAAUCCCAAAAUCAAUACCAUCUUUAUCUCCAAGGUUGGUGAUACAUCUUUUGAUCUGCCAGAAGCCAAUGUUCUCAUUCAGAUUUCAUCUCAUGGGGGCUCUCGAAGACAGGAGGCUCAGAGGCUAGGGCGAGUCUUAAGAGCCAAAAAAGGAAUGAUUGCAGAGGAAUACAAUGCCUUUUUUUAUUCUUUGGUCUCUCAGGACACUCAAGAAAUGGCAUACUCUACGAAGCGUCAAAGGUUUCUAGUAGAUCAGGGUUACAGCUUUAAGGUAAUUACUAAACUUGCAGGUAUGGAAGAGGAAGAACUUAUGUUUUCAUCCAAAGAAGAGCAGCAGCAGCUCCUCCAAAAAGUUUUACAAGCUUCUGACCUGGAUGCUGAGGAAGAGGUGGUUGCAGGAGAAUAUGGCUCAAAGUCAUCUCAGAUAUCCCGACAUUAUGGCACAAUGAGUUCCAUGUCUGGAGCAGAUGAUACAGUUUACAUGGAAUAUCAAACCUCACGAAGCAAGGCAUCUUCAAAUAAACAUAUUCACCCACUUUUUAAACGCUUUAGGAAAUAAGGAAAAUGCAUUAUAUCGCUUACUAGAAAAAGAAAUGUUAAAAUUGCAUAUUAUUUCAUAAUUAAGGAAAUGGAAUAAGCAAUUUGCUCACAACUAAAGAUAAUCAUUUCAGUAUUCUAUAUUCUGGGAAUACUAUUAACUUUAUUUUUAUUUAAUAGUUUCAGAGAUUCUUAAGAAUAUUUGUGAAUGUGUUUUAUAUUUAUAUUUGUAGUAAGAAGAUCAUAAAAGUAUGCAAAUACCUGAAAGCACUGAAUAAAAAUACUCUAUAUUA